GAUGUCAUCAAUCUUGGAUGUUGAUGAGUCUAUCAUUGAGGGCAAUUGGUAUUACGGUUGUCUCUUUAGUCCUAAGAAAAGAACUACCACUGAAGCAGUAUUUAAUACUGCUGUACGUGACAAUAAGCAUACUGACGUGGAUAGGAAAUAUCAUGACAUUACUGAUGAUGAGAAAUCCAAGCAAUUAUCAACUUUAAGAGAAGAAAGUGGUAAUAGUAGUAGUCCAUGUUUUGAGUCAAGUGAUUCCAGUUCACCUAAAAUCUUCAUGGAAGAUGUAGAAGAGGGGGAUGAGUGUCUUGCAAGUAUGUUUAGCUCAUUGGAUGAAGAUGGUGAUGGAAGAGUUAGUUCAGAUGAGAUAGUGAGGUUUUUGGAGAGAUUAAGUCUUGAAAUGCCCAAAGAGGAGGUGGAAUUAGCUGUGAGAUCAGUGUCUGCAUGUGGUGAUGAGUUUCUCAGUGCUAUGGAGUUUGGUGAGUUUUAUAGAAUUGUAUUUUCAAAUGAGGAAGAAGUUGAUAUUGUGAAGGAUGAGGAGAAGGCAAUCUGUGAGGCAUUUAAUGUUUUUGAUCAAAAUGGAGAUGGGUUUAUCAGUGUAAUGGAGUUGGCUGAUGUUCUCUCCAGAUUAGGAUUUGUGGAGGGGAAGGAUGUGAGUUGCUGUGAGAGCAUGAUUGAGAGUAUGGAUUAUAAUGGAGAUGGGUUUGUGGAUAUUCAUGAGUUCAGGCAUUUAAUCACCAGAACUUCUUCUGCUUCGCAUCCCUGUCUUCAAUGUGUUGCUGCAGUCUGAUGGCACAA